AUUUGUCUAUUUAUUUAGGUUUUUUGUGCACCCAAAGUUUGACAAGCUGAUACUGUGCUCAAAGUCUCAAAUGUAAUCAAGUUGGCCCACCUGAUUUCUUCUUUAUUUUUUCUUAAAUGUCAUAUGUUUUGUUUUGUUUAUCAACAUAACCUCAAAAACCAGCACUAUCAACCUAAAUUAUGAUGUUCAGUGAUUUCAGAACUUAACAGAAAAAUAAACUUUAAGAGUGAUUUCGGUGUCCCAUACGGAACCAAAAAGUUGGAAAAGUUAGCUUCCCGAGAGAACAAAAUAAGACUAAAACGUCAAAACCUUCAAAAGUUAGGUAAGUGGAAUUAUCAAUACACUCAUAUAGUUGAUGUUUUUUCAAACUCGGUAUUUUUAUAUGAAACAGUAGUUCCGUACGGGACAGUUCCGUACGGGAAAUUUGUAUUAUGGAUGCAAAAGUCACACUCUAUGCCUGUUUAAAUGUUUUAUAGCCAAAUUUUACAAGAGCCUUAUAGACCUACAUCAUUUUAAGCUAGACCUAAACCACUUACAUGUAUUUAUCUUUUCAGAAAAUGGACAAUAAAGAAAAAAAGAAAAGAUAUUUUGAGAAGCUACGAUUGGAUCCCCAGCGACUUGCUGCACAUCAGGAAAAGGAGAGGCAACGUGUGAAAGCCGUAAGAGCAAAGGAGAGAGAUCUUUUUAAAGAUAGGCCAGAUAUCUUAGAAAGUAAAAGAAAAUAUGAAACAUUAAGGAAACAAAAACAACGAGAGCGGAAAAGGCUAGCUAAAUUAGGAGAAGAGUCAAAUUUUCCCAGUGUAGCUUCAGAACUUGGCUCAUAUAAAAGGCCUCAGAGCUUAGGAAAGGCUGUAAAUAGGGUUAAAAAAGUUUUACCAGAUAGUCCUUCCAAGAAACAAGCUGUUGUACGGAAACUGAUUUUGGAAUACCCAAAUUUGAUAUUGACCAAACCUCCUCGUAAGUGUACAACCAAACUCUCUGAUGAGGUAAAGAAAACUGUCAAAGAUUUUUUUAUCAGGGAUGAUAUAAGUUAUCAGGCUCCAGGAAAAAGGGAUACAAAAUCAAUUAAGGACCCUGUAACUAACAAAAGAGCUAAUGUGCAAAAAAGGUUUCUUGUCAUGUCAGUCAAAGAAGCCUAUCAACAAUUCAUCCAAGAAACAGGCUUGCAACAAGUGACAAAGACCACAUUUUAUGAUCUGCGACCAAAACAUGUCCUUUUAGUAAGUGAUACACCACACACGGUAUGUGUGUGUAAAUACCACGGAAAUUUUAACUAUCUUUUAGAAUCCUUGCAUAGUAAUAAAGUAUUAAACCAGGAUCUUGUACCAAAUGGCAAAGAACUAUUAAGAAAACUUGUUUGCAGCUUAAACGAAGAAAACUGUAUGUUAGGAACUUGUUCCCAAUGCAAAAGUUUGGUUGAACAUGAACUUGCACAUGUGUUAACUGUCAGUGAUUAUGAUGAAGGGAAAAUAAUUGUCUGGAAACAAUGGGUUGACAUUGAAAAAAGGCCAAAACAAGUUGAGCACAGCGGUACUGUAAAAGAUGUAAUUUGUGAAAUAAAAAAACAAUUGCCUACAUUUAGAGUUCAUUGCUAUAUCAAAAAUGUGCAAUCAGAAGAAUUUGAAGCAAGGAGACUUGAAAAUAAUCCAAAGUCAGGAACUCUGCAGAUUGAUUUUGCAGAAAACUUUUCCUUGAUUUCACAGGAUGAGAUACAGUCCGCACAUUGGUCUCAUCAACAGGUAACUUUAUUUACAGCUUGUGUUUGGACUGGUAGUGCAACUUCCUCAUACACCAUUGUGAGUGAUGAUUUAUCACAUCAAAAACUCAGCAUUAAAGUUUUUCUGUAUAGAAUAAUUGAAGAUAUUCUCAAGAGGUUCCCUAAUCUGGAAAAACUGUCAAUAUUCUCUGAUGGUCCCUCAUCUCAAUUCAAAAACAAAUAUACAGCUGGACUCUUGUGCUCAAUGCAAAAACAUUUCAAAAUUGACUUUGACUGGUUGUUUUUCGCCACUUCCCAUGGAAAAGGCUCUGUUGAUGCGAUAGGGGGCGCCAUAAAGCACCGAGUAUGGAUCAAAAUCAAAUCAAGACAAAGAACAAUUUCAAAUCCCUUUGAGUUUUAUGAAUGUGCUAAAGAAGAAAUAAAAGGGACACAUAUUAUCUUUCUGCCUGAAGAAGAUGUACAAAAUCAUGCCCAGGAAAUGGAAAAAAAAUGGGCAGACAUAAAGUCUAUUCCUGACAUUCGGCAAUGCCACUACUUUAUGCCUUAUGACUCUACGAGCAUACUUGUUGCACGGACUGCAAAAUCGUUAAUGACUAAACACAUUAUUUCCAAAGAAGCGGAAGAAGACCUCUCAAGGCAAUUAGAUUUAAAACAGAGGCGCCUACGCUAUGAGGAUGUCUAUUCCUCGUCUGAUUCUGAUGAUGACAAAAUGUGUACACCUACUGCACUACCAGUUGGUGAAGAGACAGUUGUAGGAUCAUGGGUUGGAGUGAUAUAUGACAGCCAAUGGUAUCCAGGGAUUGUUGAAAAUAAAUCGGAGAAAGACAUAACUGUCUCAUUCAUGGCCAGAGUGGGCCAAAGAUUCUUUUGGCCAUCAAAGCCUGAUAUCCAAACACUGCAUCAUGUCAAUAUAAUGUGCAGGAUCAAGGAACCGCCACACCCAGUAUCAAAUCGUCAUUUUGAAAUCAAUGGAGUAUCCCUAUACGAUGAGAUUUUCAAAAAACUGAAUGUUUAGUUUGCCUAGCCUACUCUUCAUUAUGUUUAGUAGCAUUAUUAAGUAGCAUUAAAAUUUGAAGUAGUUAGAAUUACUUCAUUGAUAAAUUUUCAUUAAUAUUUUAGUGUAACUUAUAUUAAUUAUUCAUUAAUAUUUAAGUUAAUUGAAGGAAAACCUAUUAUAAUAAGUUAAAUAAAUAUAUUUCACAUUCAUCACAGUCUAUGUUUUAUUUCUUAACAAAUAAAUGAAGGGGAUGUUAGGAAUAUUUCACAUAGGUCCCGUACGGAACCAGUAGGUGUCCCAUACGGAACUGUUUAUUUUAAUUUAUACCAUUUUAUUUUCAAACAGAGUAUUGAACAAAUAAGCAUAACUACAAAAAUUGAAGUCUUAGGAAUCAAAGUGUAUAAUUACAGUAGGAAAUGUUUAAAAACAUCACAGAAUUUUUAAGUUAAUGCUUAAGUUGCACAGAUAGGAGCUAAAUGUUGUCCCGUACAGAACCGUGGAUUGAACCAGUUUUACACUGAAACUAGUCAAGUUAAGUCUUUGAAAUUAAUUGAGCAAAGUAAUCUGUUUGUUUUUCACCUAAGUCUAUUUAAUUUAUAGCUUUCAAUUGAAUUGUUAAAAAAUCUCAGCAAGUUUUGUUCAACAAUGCAUAGUCUAAAUGUCCCGUACGGAACCUGGAA